AUGCCCAUGCUACAGUCAUUCGAGUCUUCCGAGUCAUACACCGUGAUAUCGUCGUCCAACAACCUCGGCCUAAGAACGAAGUGCUCUUCAAAGCCCUCGUCACCUAUCGUACGGGCCCUGCGAUUCAUCGGAGUCGGUAAGAACAGUAACAGAUCAAGCACUAAAAACUCCCUUAAGACUUGGAACGAAUCGUCGGACACCCUAGCGGACCAAGAGGAUGUCAAGUACCAAGCUGAGAUGCUUGAAGAAGACAACUUUGCGUGGGGCGCCCCCUCACGGAAAUCUGCAAGGAAGCAAGUGACGCAAUAUUAA